CCUUGUGCGUAUAGCCUGUGGUAAACGUGAAUAGGUGGAUAAGGACAUGCGUCUGGGUUGAGUUUAGUCUGCCCUCGGUGAAAUAUUUGCCCUGCAACUGCGGCGCAGCUUUAAACCCUCAGCCCCGCCCCUCGGCGCUAUCACAUGAAUCUGGACUCGCAGUUGAUGAGCACAAGAAGAAAAAAGUUAGUUGAGGUUUCUGUAGUCACUUUUCUUUGCAGUUCUUUAUGAUUGCGCGUGUGGCUGUGGCCCGGGUCAUCGUGGAGGCUGCUGCGGGCCGCGCGCUGCGGACUGAGCGCCCGUGAUUUUCCAACUUUUUUCAGCGGUGGGACAGACAGACAGAGGAGAGGGGGGAAACGUUCUGUCUGCUUGAAGAUUUGCCUGGACUCCAAAAAGUUUUGUCAACAUGGACGCGCACUACGGCGCGCCUCCAGCUGGGCAGCAGGUCGUGCAUGUCCGCGGUGACUCUCAGACGGAGCUGGAGGCCCUGUUCAACGCCGUGAUGAACCCCAGCAAAGUGCAGCGGCAGCCCACCUCAGUGCCCAUGAAGGACCGGAAACUCCCCAAAUCUUUUUUCACACAACCCGAGCCGCGGGGCCACUCCAGACAAGCCAGUUCAGAUGGAGGUGUGUCCAACACGCUUACUCCACGUCACGUUCGCGCCCACUCCUCCCCUGCCAUCCUGCCCCCGCAGGCGGAUGUAACAACUGCCCCGAUCAUCCCCGAUGACAUGCCCCUGCCCCACGGCUGGGAGAUGGCCCAAACUCCCAGUGGACAGCGAUAUUUCCUCAAUCACGUGGAUAAGACUACCACCUGGCACGACCCUCGCCUGGCGCAGCUUCAGUCAGCGGCAGCUCAGCACCCACUUUCUGCUGCUGGACCCCCGGCCCACUCACACUCCCUCAGCAACCCUGCUCCGUCUGUGCAACCACAAAACAUCAACCCAGAGACAGGUCCUCUGCCUGAAGGCUGGGAGCAGGCUGUGACUGGAGAUGGAGAGGUGUACUACAUCGAUCACAUAAAUAAGAUCACCACAUGGGUCGACCCGCGUCUAGCCAAGAUGAACCCUGGGCUCCUGAGCUUGGCAAUACAGCAAAGGCAGGAAAACGAGAGGCACCGAUGUAAACAGCAAGUCACCUCACAGGAUGCAGCAGUAAGAAACCGAAUGCCCGGUGGGAUGGACCAUGACAGAAACACACAGACUCUUGUACCUCCUCUGGAUGUCCGGAUCAGAGCAUCAAACCAUGAGCCAACACUAAAUGGGGCUCACUCUCGAAAUGAGAGCACAGACAGCGGCCUCAGCGUCAGCAGCCUCCCGCGCACUACAGACCACAUGCUCAGCCCAGUGGAUCACAUGGACACAGGUGAUUCUGGUGAGAGCUCUUCGUUGACUCUACAGGAGUCUAUGCCACCGGUGCUGCCGAUGUCCGAGGGCGAUGAGCUGAUGGGCCUGAGCUCAGACCUUUUGAUGGACAUGGAGACGGUCCUCUCUGGAUCACACAUGGACAGGGACAGCCUGCUCACCUGGCUAUAGGCACCAGAUGCCUCAUCAGCCCCCCACAUGGUUUGAGAUUACAUUUUUGCAACAUGACUGAGAUAUUGGAAGAUAUGAUGGUACAGAGCAACAUUGCAUGGAGAGAAUUGUGAUGGAUAUGUAAGCGGUGUAAGACUAAAUGGAUAAUGGGAGUAUCACAGAAGGCGGUAAGCUGCAAGUAUUCAGCCCUUUUUGGAUACAUUUUACAUGAAUACGAGGCAUUCGCAAUAUAAUGUGACACUCAUCUUUUAGCAAAAGAAGGUGCUUCACCAAAGCAGUGAAUUUUACACUUUUUUUUUUACCAUUCCCACCAGCAAAGAAGAAAGACGAAGAUCUCAUAAAAAGGACAAGUCAAAAACAUGCCUGGUGUUGACAAAGCAGCUUUACUUUUCUAUUUAGUCCAGUAUUUUGUCUUGUGUAAAGCAAGUAACUGAAAAGUUGUUUAGUGUGGAAAAGGCGAUGUAACUUCUUUAAAUACACUACAUAAAGUUUCACUACAGAUUUAUGUUGCUGCAUCCUUGGACACUACAGUUGAAAAUGCUUACACAAGUGCAAUGUGCAUUUAAAAUGCCCAAGUGCACACCCUUGUGGGGAAAUGUAUGAGCUUUGGGAACAAGAAUGAUGGCCAUUCACUUGAAAUAUCAAAACUUAAGGAAAAAGAAAGUUUGGUUGUAGGACUUUAUGUGGAAAUCUCAAUAUUUUAUAAUCUAACCACAUGGAUUAGUGUCCUUUACUUGUUAAAUGUGCCUUAUACUAAAGAGAUUUUAGCUCUUUUAAUCUAAAACAGUGUUUGAAUCUAUACAAAAGCUAAAAUUAUAUUAACAAGUUUUGUAUUAUAAUGUAAUAUUGGGCUGAUACUUAUGUAACUAGGUAUUUACUUACCAAGUAGUAGUAUCUUGUUUCUGUUGAAAUACGCUUUCGCUUUAAAGGGUCUAGCUCAUGGUGGAAAGACUGCAGCCUCUCAGAUGUGUUGUUUUCUCAUUGUCCCGACUAUUAGUUUGAUACAUUCCUCAUUUUGAUAUUCAAACAUUUUUCAAAGAAAAUGUAUCCGCAUUAUAGGGAUGAAAAAAAGUCUGACAUUUUUGAGCAUGUCAAAUGUAAGCCCUGUUAUCUUUAUGUUAAGUUGCUGUGGACUUUAUAAGGCAGAAGAGUGCAGCAUAGUCUUUUUGGGGACAAUUAUAAUUAUCUGUAUUAUUGUUGUGUAUAAAAAUGAAACUAGUCUACACCAAAUGUGAAAAUGCUAUUAUGUUUUUUGGCAAUGAAUUUGACAAAACUCCUUAUAAUUGCAAUGAAAUAAUUUAGCUCAGGUUAUCAUUACUUUAACACUGCCAGAACAAAAUAGCAAUUAACAGAAGCCUGAUGUGCCUUUUAAUGAAGAUAUUUUUGUGUUUCAGAUAAACAAAAUAUGUAAAACUAAACUAAUAUAAUCAUCAUUUUGUGCUGGGAUGUUUUUGCUGUGUGUUUUUAUGGUUUUUAGCAUUGUCUGGAUUUGAAGUUGUGUUGCCCAACUGGUGAGAGCAUUUCUUUAAUUUCUUUUAUAUUGUGUAAAGAUAUUCAGAGCUGGUUGUUGUAAAAUUACAGUAUAAUAAUCCUGUGGUUCUACUUACAGCUCACUCAUGUGACACGUGCAUACUCGAGACUUUAUUUAUCUUGUAAACGUGUGACACUUGCUUUGGAUGUUAAAUGUAAUUAUAUUUUAAUUGUAUACAAAGUUGGGAGGCUGUCAGAAAAGUUUUUUGUUUUUUUUGUUUUUUUACCUUUUUAUGCAUGUGCUUUAUAUAUAUACAUACAAAUCCACUCCUACAAUAAUAAUUUUGAGUUUCAGUUUUAAUAAACUUAAAAACACACCUGAAA